AUGGCUCGUGGUUACUCGUACAACUCCUACAGCAACUUCAGUGCGUCUGAUCUGAAGAACAUUCAGCUUCCUGACAAGAUCCGCUGCGACCGUUGUAACCGCUGGAAGAACCCGACUAACUUCGCCAACAAGCGCCUCAACGAUCUCAGAUACAAGAUCAAGUACCAGGGUAGGAACAAGACCAACAGCCAGGGCGGGCUCACUGCUACCUGCAGCGCGUGCACUGGUCAGCAGGUCCAGGAGCUUGAAUGUCACAUGUGCAAGACCUGGAAGGGCCUUGAGGACUUCGCAAAGGCUCAGCGCAAGAACCCAGACCAUGCGAAAUGCAAUGAAUGCAUGAGGGAGCAGCUCGACACCCAGCCUGUAGAAGAUGACAACCAGGUUGACACCAACUCUUCGUCUUCGGGCGACGAAGAUGAUGAUGACAACUGGAACGACAACACUAGUUCGUUCUCUGAUGAGUACACGAGCUUGAAGCCGAAAUCGUACGCGACUUCCACUGACGGAACGUCCAACACCGGCAUCUUGGUUCCCGAUCUGGACGGUCUUUCUUCGUCUGCCAACGAAUCCUCUACGGGCGAAUUCUACACUCCGAUAAACCAGAACACACCCGCUGCUAGUGAAGCCAGCGGCCGUGCCAACACUCCGAGCUCGGCCUGGGGCGCUUCGUCGUCUUCCACUGGAUUCAACCCUUUUCAGUACGGCCAUCCCCGCGGCAAAUCCUCCGCUGCUUCUGUUGCCGACUCGACCAGGACCACCGGCACUGUAACCACAGGCUCCAGGUGGGCAAAGGUCAAGGCUUACAAGCCGGAACCCAAGGGCAAGCAGGCGGCCAUGGAAGAGGACGCUUGGGAUGUGACCCAUGACUCUGACACUGACAGCGACGAUGACGACGAAGACGAUGACGACGAAGACCACAAGGGCUUUUGCCUCUAA